AUGGGAUCUGCUUGUUCUACUCAAAAAGCUCUGAAGAACGUUGAAGAACCAGAACAUGCUUCCUCGAAUUCGGGUGAAGAAACUUGCAAAGAAAAGGCUGAAAUUCCUUUGAAACAAACUUCUCAUGAGGAGAAUGUCGUUGGAUCGUCAGGGUUAGUAGAAGAGAAUUCUUCCGUUUCCAACAGAACAGAACCUUCUUCUUCGGUGAAUCAUGAUGGAAUUGCAAUUUAUUCUUCAGAAGGUUCUUCAGCCGAAGAAAGGAAAGAAACAAAUAGUACGCUCCCUGUACAAGAGAGAUCUACAGUAAUGAAAGAACAUUCCGUUGAAAAACAAUUUCAUUCUUGCACGCAAUCAUCCUGCUUGUUACAAACCAACAACGAGAAGACGAAUUUCCAGCAAGUUCCAGCCCAAAAAAAUUGCCAUCAUCGUCCUUCCAGCAUUGAGAUGGCAUCCAGCCAAGAAAAUGUCAUGACGGAUCCACACUCCGAUACUUGCCAGGGUAGUAGUACUGGCCAAUUCGUGAAUCACACUCUCACCAGCAUUAUACUUCCUGAAAAUGAUUUGAUGAAUAAUUCAUUGUAUGGCUUGCUCAGAGGAGCCAUGCAAACCAAAGCAAGAACCACUGUGGACUUUUAUGAGAGAAAAUAUGAAAUGCUUUCUCAACUCAAACAAGAAGAUUAUGAAGAGGUAUUAGAACUAUUCAAACAGGCGCAAGAGGAUUUAAGAGGCGACAGAGAGAUUGUUCUUCAAGCACUGGAAGCCAAUAUUAACUGUAUCAAUCAUUGUUCACAAAAUAUUUUGUGUGAUCGACAAAUAAUGAUGAUAGCAGUUCAAAAUGAUGGAGACCAUUUGUCUUUGGUUGAAAAUACGGAGCUUGCAAAAGAUCGUGAAUUAGUCUUUUUGGCUUGUUGUUCAAAUGCAUCAUCCGUUCGUUAUGCUGAUGAAAGUUUGCGAAAUGACAAGGCGUUCAUGUUAAAAAUCAUUCGUACUUGUUCUGGAAAUGCCUAUGAUUAUCUUGGAGAGAAUUUACUCUAUGAUAGAGAAGUAGCUCUUGCUGCAGUUGAAAUGGAUGGUGAUGCAUUUCGAGUGUUCUCUGAUGUCAUUCGAAAUGAUAGGGAGAUAUUUAUGAAGGCUGUAAAAACAGCACCACAAAGCAUUAAUGACGCAGGAGAUGAUAUCAAGAAUGACAGAACUAUGUUCAUCAAUGACAGAGAAAUUGCUACUCUAUGUAUUAAACGAAAUUCAUGGUCCUUUAACAAUGUUGGAGACGACUUGAAAAAUGAUCGAGAGUUUGUGAAGGACGCAAUAAGAUAUGGCUGUUCACUGUCAGGCAUGAAUCAAGAAUUUACAAGCGAUAAGGAAAUUGUAAUGAUGGCAAUCAACUUUUCUGGAGGAGAGAGUAUUAGAUACGCCUCUGAUGAGCUUAAAAACGAUGAGGAGUGUGUAAUGGCUGCCAUACAGAACCAAUCUUCUGCUUUGAGAUACAUUGGCGACCAGUUUAAAUCCAAUAAGGAACUUGUAUCUGAUCUUUUACAAGAGAAUGGUUAUUUAUUUGAAGAACUUUCUGAUGAAUUGAAGGCUGAUAAGGAAUUACUCUUUACUGCCAUAAGCGGCUCAUAUUCCAAUGCUCUCAUGCAUGCAAGCCCUGAGCUUAAAGCAGACAGAGAGGUAAUUAUGGAAGCUGUAAGAAUCCAAGGCCAUUGCUUAGCGUAUUGUGCUACUGAACUGAAAAAUGACUUUGAAAUUGUCUUGGAAGCUGUGAAAAAUGGAGGCUCCCUUGAAUAUGCUAGCAGUGAUUUGCGAGAUAACGCUGAACUAUGCCAAGCUGUUCUUUCUUCAGACACUUAUCAGUAUUUUGGACCUCUUAUGAAGAAAAAUAGAGAUUUAGCAAUUCAGGCCAUUGAUAUAUAUGGGUGCAAUUAUGCAUAUAUUGAUGAUAGUUUAAAACAAGAUGAAGAGCUUGCAUGGAGAGCAGUGACUUCUGAUAGUAGCUAUGGCUUGAAUAUUUUAGAUUUUGAUGAAAAAUUCCAGCAUGAUAAGAAGAUCAUGUUGGAGUUAAUUAAGAAAAAUCCAUAUCAGUUCGAGCAAUUGUGGAAACCGUUCAAAAGUGACAUUGAAUUUAUCACACAGGCUGUCAAUAAUGAUGGAAAUACAUUACGCUACGUGCCAAUGGCAUUUAAGAAAGAUCGAUCCCUCAUCAAACAAGCAGUCAUCAUGGGACUUAGUUAUUCAUACCUUCCAUUGGCAUUUAAACAAGACCCAGAAAUUGUUAAACUAUACGCUAAGCGAGGAUCCUUACAUUUUUAUCACUCCUUAAACGAAGAGUUGAAAAGCGACCCCGACGUGAUUAAAGGAGCACUACUGUCAGGUGUAUCUCUGUCAUCCAUUCCUCACAAAUUCAGAAAAGAUAGGAGUGUUUGUCUUCAAGCAUUACAGCAUCAGCCAUCUAAUUACAAGUAUUUACCACAAGAGUAUGCGUCAGAUCGAGAAUUUAUUCUACAAGCGGCCUCCUUCUCAUCAUCCCCAUUAAUUCAUUACGCAGUAGAAUGGAAUAACGACAAGGAAAUUGUGAUGGAGUGUGUUAAACGAAAUGGAUACGCCCUUGACUAUGCUUCUGAUGACCUCAAACAAGAUCGUGAAGUUAUAAUGGAAGCGUUGAAGAGAGAUCCUUCAGUUUUACAGAAACUUGAUGACACUCUCAAGAGAGACAAAGAAAUUGUGUCCAUAGCGGCCAUUGCCAGUCCCUAUUACAUCAAGUAUGCAGAUUCGUCUUUGAGAAGGGAUAAAGAAUUUAUUAUGAAGUUGAUGCAGACAAGUCCUCCCUAUAUCAGUUUAUUGAUGAAGACAUGA